CACUGAGGUGCUAAACUCCACAGUCUCCAGAAAUCAGAAGAAAUUUUCAGGGAAACCCACGGGGAUCACUAUUCUCCCUCUGGGCUAUGGCGCCUCUGAGCCAGUUGAGCAGCCAGAUCAACUCCACCUGUGGGGCAGAGAACUCCACAGGGGCCAGCCGGGCCCACCCGCACACCUACUACGCACUCUCCUACUGCGCUCUGAUCCUGGCCAUCAUCUUCGGCAACGGUCUGGUGUGUGUGGCAGUGCUGAAGGAACGGGCCUUGCAGACCACCACCAACUACCUGGUGGUGAGCUUGGCUGUGGCUGACCUGCUGGUGGCCACCUUGGUGAUGCCCUGGGUGGUGUACCUGGAGGUGACAGGUGGAGUCUGGAACUUCAGCCGCGUUUGCUGUGAUAUAUUUGUCACCCUGGACGUCAUGAUGUGUACAGCCAGCAUCCUGAACCUCUGCGCCAUCAGCAUCGACAGGUACACCGCAGUAGUCAUGCCGGUUCACUAUCAACAUGGCACGGGACAGAGCUCCUGUCGACGCGUGGCCCUCAUGAUCACAGCUGUCUGGGUGCUGGCCUUUGCUGUCUCCUGCCCUCUCCUCUUUGGCCUCAACACCACAGGAGACCCCAGUGUCUGCUCCAUCUCCAAUCCUGAUUUUGUCAUCUACUCUUCAGUGGUGUCCUUCUACCUGCCCUUCGGAGUGACUGUCCUCGUCUACGCCAGGAUCUACGUGGUGCUGAGACAGAGGAGACGGAAACGGAUCCUCACUCGACAGAACAGUCAGUGCAUCAGUGUCAGACCUGGCUUCCCUCAACAGUCUUCCUGUCUGAGGCUGCACCCCAUUCGGCAGUUUUCAAUAAGGGACAGAUUUCCAUCAGAUGCCACUGGACAAAUGGAGCAUGCAGAAGAUAAACAGUGUCCCCAAAAAUGUCAGGAUCCUCUCUUGUCCCACCUACAGCCACUCUCCCCUAGCCAGGCACACAUGGAGCUGAAGCGUUACUACAGCAUCUGCCAAGAUAGUGCCUUGGGGCGACCCGGAUUCCAAGAAGCCGGGGGAGAGUUGAAAAGGGAGGGGAGGACUCGGAACUCCCUCAGCCCCACCAUGGCACCCAAGCUCAGCUUAGAGGUUCGAAAACUCAGUAAUGGCAGGUUGUCGACAUCUCUAAAGCUGGGGCCCUUGCAGCCUCGUGGAGUGCCACUUCGGGAGAAGAAGGCAACCCAGAUGCUGGCAAUCGUGCUUGGGGCCUUCAUUGUCUGCUGGCUGCCCUUCUUUUUGACCCACGUUCUCAAUACUCACUGCCAAGCCUGCCAUGUGUCCCCAGAGCUUUACAGCGCCACCACGUGGCUGGGCUACGUGAACAGUGCCCUCAACCCCGUGAUCUAUACCACCUUCAAUGUCGAGUUCCGUAAAGCCUUCCUCAAGAUCCUGUCUUGCUGAAGGAGAGGAGA